AUUUUGCCCUUCGACGUUUUGACUUUCGGUCUUUUGACACUUUACCAGUUUAACAUAUGUUUAUUAUUCAAUAUUAGGCGGAGCGUUUGCUAGUGAAGUUCAAUUUCUCCGAGCACCCUAUGAAGAUGAUAUGGAAGAUAAACAAUAUAAUGAUGAAUAUGGAUAUACACCAUCUAAUGGAUCUCAUAUGCAAUUAACUUAUGGACGUAAUCGUAAACCACAAUCUGAUAUAUAG